AUGGAUUCGGGCACCGACUGGUUAUGUGAGAUCUUGCAGAACGUUCAACUUGAACAGUUUUAUUCACCAAUCAGAGAUCAGUUACAGAUAACCAGAUUAGCGCAUUUUGAUUAUGUGCAUGCUGAAGACCUCGAGAAAUUAGGCAUCAGUAAACCUGGGGUCCGCAGGCUUUUUGAUGCUGUAAGAAAAAAAAAGUUGCAGCUAUGGAACCGAAAGUUUUGGAACAAACUAUUUGGCUCUUCAUCUAGCGCAGUAUCCAAAGAAAAAACUGACUUGUCUCUGAAACAAACACCACAGGCUGAAACGAGAACUACUUGUAUUAUUUUGGAAAAGGAUAUAGUAUUACAUAAUGAGCUUGGUACUGGCUCAUUUGGUGUUGUAAAACGAGGGGAGUGGAAAAUAUCUGACCAAUCAUCACAAACAGUACCAGUGGCAGUGAAAGUGUUAAAGGCUGAUGCAUUUACUCAGCCCGGCAUAUAUGAUGACUUUAGACGAGAAGUGGAAGCUAUGCACAGCCUUAAACAUGCUAAUCUUAUUAAACUCCAUGGUGUUGUGUUUCAUCCUUUAAUGAUGGUUUGUGAAUUGGCCACCAUGGGUGCUUUGUUAGAUUACAUUAGAGCACAAAAUGGCAAAGUGUCCUUAGGUUACAUAUCUAAAUGGUCUGAGCAAGUGGCUGCUGGGAUGGCACAUCUAGAAAAACAUAGAUUCUUACACAGAGAUUUAGCAUGUAGAAACAUAUUAUUAUCUAAUUUGGAACUGGUGAAAAUAGGUGAUUUUGGUCUAAUGAGAGCACUACCAGAUGCCGAUGAUUGCUAUGUGAUGAGCGAGCGUCGUCGUGUUCCAUUCCCUUGGUGUGCUCCAGAAUCCUUACGAAGCAGACAGUUCUCUCAUGCCUCUGAUGUGUGGAUGUUUGCUGUUGCCCUGUGGGAGAUGUAUACUUUUGGAGAAGAGCCAUGGAUAGGUUUAAACGGUUCAGAGAUUCUACGUCUAAUAAUGCGCGAAGGCCAACGUCUCACUGCACCGAAUGCUUGCCCUCCUGACGUGUACAUGUUAAUGAUGCAGUGCUGGGAUCUAAACCCAAAGGAAAGGCCGACGUUUGCUGGCAUACAGCGGUAUAUGGCGACUAACAAGUUUGAAACGGCCAUCUCUGCUCUGAGCUACCGGCGGCCGAGUAAAAUGACAAUAGAUGCUGGCGACCCAAUAAUUUUAAUAGAUAGAAGACCUGAGUUACAUUGGUGGAAGGGACAGAAUCAAAGGACAUUAGAAGUGGGACUGUUUCCAAGCACUCUAGUCACGACUGCGAAAAGCAAAGUUAUCCCAAAUACUAAGAAGUCACAGACUUUGUCGCCGGUACAGAGAGUUGAACCGUCAUCGAUAUCAACGAACGGCGUAUCGGAUGACUCCGCGGUGAUCCUGCGCAAGCGCCGCACCAUUGAAUCGACACAAGCACCUACCACACGCGGAGGGAAUACUGGUAGCAAACAUUUUAAUUACAACAAGCUUAUAAAUGACAGAGUAGCUGCCUUGAACAAGGAUAGAGCGGUGAGAAGUACUAGAGAUGCGCAUUCCAAGAGUUUGAAUCAAGUAAGAGAAGACAUAUUAAUCGAUCUCGAUCUGCCACCAUCAUCUACAAGAGUUAGCACACCAUGUAAAAAGACGACAUCUAAGACACCAAAUAGCCAAAGCGCCAUCUCUAUUCUUGAUGAACCAAUAGAUGUGCCUGAAUUAGGUAUCGAAGCUGAUUGGGGUGAGCAGAGCAUUGAAAGUUUACCUGGUCUGUUCACAAGUACCUCCACACAGAACUAUCCAAAUCUCUACGGUGCUAAGUCGUUAGAUAAUCUUGCCACUACACUUAACUUUAGUAAUUCACAAACAUUUACGCCACAACCGGACCCCUUUGAUACGUCACAAUUCUGGGGCACAAACCAGCAAACACCGUCUAGACCAAAUUACCAACGAUUCGAUCCUGAAGAUCGUAACAGUCGACAAAUAUAUCAAGAAUCUCUCAGAUACUCCUUAAACAAUCACACGGCUCCCACAAGUGCUAACUCUUCACAUAUAUAUAACAAUACGCCUUCUACUAGUAAUAAUACUUAUCAAAAUAACUCUCCGUACGGAGCGAUGGCCACAUCGAACUAUGCGAAAACGAAUGCUCUCUCGUUAGAACGAAACGCCGUACCGAGCGUCGCAUCAACGCUCGCCCAAAUGUCGCUGGACGACAGAAUCUCCGAAUCCUUGAAUCUCAGAACAAAAAGCAAUAACAGUGAUCAUAUAUAUGCAGAAAACACAUACAACGCGCCGUCGACUUCGGCCGCGGACAGUACGAACGACGACAGUAAAUACCGCGACAUUCCUCUGUACAAGAACUUCGACAUAAACCCGGCCCAGCAGCAGUUCAUACUGGAGACGAAAGACUACUACACGAAGCUGUCUACGCCGACUAAAACUUACACCGAGAACGAUUACGAAAAAAACAUUUAUAUUCCUAAGCACGAGGAGGAGGUUGAGAAAUUGCAAAACUUCAGCGAUUGCGUGGAGAAUUCGAAAAAUUACUCGGCGCUCAAGUAUCAGAACGUCGAUAUCAAUCAGUACUCCAAUUACGCGGUUAGUUACGGGGCGAACGUCGCUUCGACGUCUCGCGGCGCGGUGUACGACGAGGUCAACGACACGGCGAGUAACUUGUACAGCGAGAUCGGGGAGGCGACGGGCGCGCGGCCGCUCUACUCCAACGCCAACCUGUACGACGAGGUGCACGACGACGCGCCGCGCCCGCACCGCCCCGCGCCGCCCUGUCCCAAGCCCAACUAG